CAUUUGUUCGGGAGGGUAACAACUCAAAGCGACCAUUUCUCGAAGCUUUAGAAUUUUGUUGUGUGAUAAAAAAUCUGGCCAUUUUUCGACUCGUUGAAGGCAAACAGCGGUGAAUAUACCUUGUUCGCUAUUCAAGACAAUUGGCCUACUUAUGUGCGCUGUUUUGUAGGCGAGAUAGUGACGAACAGAAGCUUCGUGGGUUCAAUGUAGCGAACGAAACAUUCUCAAAAGGAACGCCAAUUUCGAAUGAGGGAAACAAACGAGUUAUUGACUUGUAAAAGAGGAAUGAACGGUUUUUAAACAAGGGAAGGUAUACAGCUUUCUUUACUGGUUGUCAACAGAACGUUUUGUGACAAGUUUGGCCUUUGAUACUUUUAAAAAUGUCGACAACUCGAGCACUGCCGACCGUAAACGAAGGAGGCGCACCGCUAAUAAAGGUGAUAUAAUAUAUUUCCUUUUGUCUGGUUUUAUUCUAAGAUUAUUUGGUCGUGUAAUUGUAUAUUUUGGAGUAUUUUUCUAACGAAUUUUAUGUCGUUUUCUCGCUAGGAAGAGCCGCGGUCGUCGAGUUCGUCAAGUCGUUCGAGAAAUCGAGCUGGCACAGGAAGCGAUGAUAUACAUAUUGGCAACUAUAAACUUUUAAAAACUAUCGGCAAAGGCAAUUUUGCGAAAGUAAAACUAGCUAAACACACGCCGACAGAUAAAGAGGUAUAAAGCAAACCUUUAUUCAUUCAAAACUCCCAAAUAUUUAAGCUAUAACAUAUAUUUUUGAACGUAAACUAGCGACAACCGGCAAAUGUAUUUCUAUGUAAAAGCAUCGGUAAUCUUGACUACUCAAAUAUAUAUUCUUCCUAAUUAUUUAUUCUCUGUUUUAGGUUGCGAUCAAAAUCAUCGAUAAAACACAGCUAAAUCCUAGCAGUUUACAAAAGGUGGGUAUUCUAAUGCUAGCUUUCGUCAAACUGUUUAUAUACAGUACUUUCAACUUUUCUACGACUUUGCCGCAUAAUUUCAGAAUGAAAUUUAAAUGGUUCAUAAUUCAUUUUGAAAACAUUCUCAUGUAAACUAAGAUUUCGUAACAAUUGCAAACAACGGCUAUUCACACGCUCACAGCCAUUCUUUUUCAAGUAGAAUUCCCAUCUUGUCAAAUUUGAAUAUAAUUAUAAAUUUCAAUAUAUAUUUGUUGAACGUUGGACUACUAUAAUAGAAAAAUUUUCGCUCGUGCAUCUUAAUUAAAAUCUAAUGUCUCAAAAUGUCUUUCGUAAGAUGUUUUAUACAGAUAACGUUUUCUUAAAUAUAUCUUUGAAAUUGAGUAGACUAAGUCUGAAAGGGUGUCAUGUUAAUAUUUGAAGUAGUUUUGCGCAAUAGGUACGAUAAAUUAAUGGAUCGAUAUGUCAUGAAAUUACAAUUCAGCUGUGUUGUAAAAAAACGUAGCUAUUUACAAGUUACAACCCUUGCUCAUGCUGGUAAAGUCAAGAAUGUUAGUUUAUUCCUCCAUAAUGUAAAACACGAGUCCUUUUCAACAGAUUGUCAAAAUCUACAGUAGGACAUAAUGUUUAGUUCUUUAAAUAACCCUAAGUAUAUUCCCAUCUGUUUUGUUUAUAAUUUCAUCACAUUCCUUUAUUCCUGUUAGGGAUCUCUGGAACUUUGUUUUCAUUUGGUUUUAAUAUUUCACAAAGUUAAUGGCAGACUUAAAUUAAUGUUGGCAAAAUUAAAUUGCCAUGUUUCAUUGCAUAACAAUACGAUUACCAUUACAGAAGGUGAAAUCAGCUAGCAAGUUCCUUCAAUUUUCUGAAACCUGUUUUAUACUCAAAACUAGCCUUGUAUCGUUGUGAAGAAACCCUGAUUGCAAUAAUACGGCAGAAUAUGUUUGCGAAUUUGCAACAGCUUGCCUAGUGUUUUGUCUGAAUCAUGUUCCCAUGAAGGUUACAGUUGUUGCUUUUGUUUGUAUGUUAUUUUACAUAAAUUAGUUUGAUGUAUCAAAUUUUUUUUUCAAUUGGCCAAUCAACAGUAACAAAACUCUUUUAUCGUUAAGCGUCAGCAAAUAAGAGUGACAACUUUAGUUAUAUAUUAACUGUGGUUAAAUAUUAACUUGGUUCCUGCGAGUGCAAGACAGCUCUAAAUAAUUUGUCUCCCACAAACUUUAUGUCAUUUCUAUACAAUAGCAGGGUAAUAUAGCAUAAUAAAACUAGUGCAACCCCCACUGAUAGUUAUAAUUAGGUUACUGAUGUGAUAUCUACUUGACAUGCAACAUUGAGUUGGUAAAAGUAAAGAUAAAAUCUGUCACGAUUAUCAUAAGAAUACAGUAUAUCUUGUAUAAUGGUUUAGCUUCAUGAAUACAUUACUAUAGUGAAUUAUUGGUAGUCACUGUAAAGUUAUUAGUUAAAGUUCAAAUAUUUCUAUGCAUUGUGCAUGUACUUGUUGAGCACAAUUUUAAGUGUUUCUCCUGUGUCUUAGAGUCAACUUUUCAGAAGUUUCCAUCUUGUGGCUCUUACCUUGCCCCCUCCUAUAAUCUUAAACACCACCUUCCCCCGAAGUACAACCAUUAUGUUCAACUAGUGCUUACCAAUUAUUUGAAUUUUGAACAGUCAAUGCCAGUGUAGGUAGCAGCAAUUAUAAGAAAGCUUCGGAAUGAUAAAGAUACAGCUACCUGAGAAAUACAAGGAGAACUUUGAUGUUUCGAGCGAAGGUCCUUCGUCUGGGAAGUUUGGCUACUAACUUCCCAACAAGGGGCCCUUGCUCGAAACGUCAGAGUUCUCUUUAUAUUUUAUAGGUAGUUGUAUCCCUAUCAAUCUGAAGCUUCCUUACCAAUUAAAUGGUAUUUUGAUGGUAGCUAUGAUGGUAAAACAGUGAUAUAUUCCGUGAAAUAUUGAAAUUUGGUAGGCCAAAUUUCCAUUUUUCAAAUUUUAACCCAUUGAGCACCAGUGCUCUCCCCUAGAUGAGUAAAAUUGUCUGUCGUUAGACAGAGUAAAAUAAUGAAGUACUACACCAACACAGACCCAACACACCCAACCUACAUAACACCAACACAGAAAAUAUCAUGAAUACUAGAUUGCAUUCAUAUCGAAGGAACUAGACUCAGUUCCGAAAUAUCACAUACUCGAACCGACCUGACCGCGUAGCUCGAUCAGUUGGCAGAGCAUCCAAGGGCUAGUAUUCCAAAGGUGUAGGUUCGAUUCCCACCAUGGCCAGGCAUAUUUUCCAAGCUUGCCCGGUGUGGAUAUACACUCAGAGUAACAUCACAAACAUCAUAUUCACCUGAGUACAUAACACCAUCACAGAAAAUAUCAAGUACUACCUGUUUUUUUACCCCUACAAUAUUGUAUGGUAAUUUUCAAACUUGGGGAUCAGCAUUGGCUGCAUUUUAAAACGUAUACAAUUGAAAACUGCUGUUGAUAAUUGUUGGCUGGUUUCAACCAUACAAGGCCAGAAUUCUGACCAUCAAUUUAAUAAGCUUGUUGUCAACUUUGGCAAAAAGAUCGUCAUGUGACUUGAAAAUCUUCAAAAUUUAUAGCUUUAAGUGCUAGAAGCAAUACAAGGAAGUUAUUAUUGAUGAUGUAAAGCUGAGCAAAUAUUUACCACUGAAUUAAGCUAAAGACAAGGCUGUCAUUCUCUAAAAAUAAUUAUGCAAAUCUUGGAACUUCCUUUUAUACAUGUUGAUGCAUGUUUACAAUAGUUUUAAAUCAGUUAUUAAUAAAACAGUUUGGAAGAAAGUAAUGGAUGAUUUAAAAUGUUUUCAUAUAUGUAUAUUUUGUAUCAUUCAUAUAUCCUUGUAAAGAAAAUUUACAUGUUAAUUUAAAACAAAUAUCAAUGUAAAUGACACAUACCUGUAUGGCAAAGUAAGAAUCAAAUUUCUUUUCAUAUAAAUAGCAUGUUUACUUGCAACUAUUUCACACAUUGUUUUAUGUUUGAAAAUCUUAACUUUUAGGUAAAUUACUUGCAUGUUUGAAUAAAUUUAACCUUCUAUGUUUUGAAAUGCAUUUGUUCAAUUUCAUGAAAGUAAUUUACUCGAACAUUAACCCAUGAAAGCACAAAACUUUCUCCCUGAUGAGUAAAAUCAUCUGGCAUUAGACAGAGUAAAAUAGUAAAGUAGGACACAUUCCUACUUUUUACAACAUGGCCUUUUGUACUUCUAGUUUUGAGCAAGACAAUUUUACUUAAUCUGAAAUAUCAUUAAUAAGAAACUGCAGGGGCACAAAGCAUACAACCCUUCCCCCAAAGUAUACAACCCCCAUAACUGAAUGAACAACUGCAAGAUUUAUUUAUGUCUUAAAUGAAUUCUGAAAUAUAGUUUAUUUUUACAGCUGUUUCGUGAAGUUCGCAUCAUGAAGUUUUUAGAUCACCCUAAUAUAGGUUUGUAAACAUAAUUUUAUCUGAUAUUUACAAUAAAAUCUUAAGCUGUCAAUAUGUCACUAUUUCUGUCUUACUAAUAAGGCUAUAGUGACAUUUGAAUUUGAUAUUUUCAACUUUUAUUUACUCAAUUUCUUUAUUUGAUUCAGUCAAACUCUAUGAGGUGAUUGAAACUGACAAAACUUUAUAUCUGGUCAUGGAAUAUGCAAGCGGAGGUAUCGUUUAUUUGUUAAAUAUCAUGUUAUAGUUUCUGAUUUUUUUAGCAGUUUUGUCACAAUUUCCCUAUAUGAAUGAUUUAAUUUCCUUAUAUGAAUGAUUUAAUUUCCUCUAUACAGUCAUAAUUUUCUCCAUAUUUACUUUGAUUCUAUAUCAUAGCUCUUCUUAGAUAUACAUCUGCCAGCUUCAUUAUUCCAUAUUACAACAUGAGAUUGUUUUUGUGUGUCCACAAACCCUUAACUCUUGAUAUAAAACAUGCAUUUCCCCUUGUGUAGAUAUUCAAAUUCAAGCUGCAGUAUAAAUUAUUUAAAUCUUGUUAGUUGUGUUCAAUUAUUCAUCAUUAUCCUCAAUUUAUAGGAGAGGUAUUUGAUUAUCUUGUUGCUCAUGGGAGGAUGAAGGAGAAAGAAGCAAGAGCAAAGUUUAGACAGGUUAAUCAACUUGUAAAAGUUUUGACUUUGAAUAUACUGGGUUUUUUAGUUCAGGAUUGAGGCCUCAAAAAUUGCUUGGUUGUAAUUUCAUGCUUCAAAAAAAGAGGGUCAGUAGGUCAUAUUUUUAAAAAAAAAUUAUUCAAGUAAUUCAAUUGAAAGUUAAUGACGAGAACAUUAUAAAAAGUUGAGUAGAUUAUAAAAAGAGCAUCUUGCUUAUUGUCUGUGUUUUGUGUGAUAAAACACACAAAUUUUAAUAAAUAUUGGAGUCAGGAAAUGAGUUUCUAGUUUUAGCUGCAAACCACAAUGUCAUAAGAAUUAGGUUGGUGUCAUGAGAUUGGUCAGGAAACCAGAACCCGAACAAUAUUUUUCGGCCUGAUAUACGAGUCUCAGUAUGGUAUGUUACGUACAUUAUGAGACUCAAUAUGUUUUUCUUUGCUUCUCAGAUUGUGUCUGCUGUACAGUAUUGCCAUCAAAAACAUGUCAUACAUCGAGAUCUAAAGGUAUGAGCCAGUGUGCUGGUUUUAAACAAAAUAACCAACUUAAAAUUUAUAUUUAUACUGGGUAGUACCACUAUCCUCCGCAGAGUCAAUUAUAUAGGAUUGUAGAGAUAAUGUAGGGAUAGUAGAGGACAUUUAAUAUUAUGUAAUUUUACUAAAAAUUCGUAAGGCUCUGUGGAGGAGAGUGGGGUAGCUGUAUCAGUUCUAAGCUGUUCUCCAUAGAGUUCAGAACUAGCCAUCCCUUAUUAGUACUGUAUCCAUGCUUAGCAUCUGCUAGAAACUAAACUUAACUUACAAUUUUCACCCUAGGCUGAAAACUUACUGCUUGACUCAGACAUGAAUAUCAAGAUAGCAGAUUUCGGCUUUAGUAAUGAGUUUACCCCUGGCAACAAACUGGACACAUUCUGUGGCAGUCCUCCCUAUGCAGCACCCGAGUUGUUUCAAGGCAAGAAGUAUGAUGGACCAGAAGUUGAUGUCUGGAGUUUAGGAGUUAUUUUAUAUACUUUAGUCAGUGGUUCUCUUCCAUUUGAUGGACAGAACCUUAAGGUGAGUUAUUUUUUGAAAGUUGAAGUAGAAGACAAACAUAAGUGAUUAGAAACUUACGCUUAAAAAAACUUUGAUAACAAAUAUUCUGAAUCCUUGAGCCUUCCAUUUCCUUUUAGUAGACGACUAUUGCCAGGGUUUUUUCCAGGGGGUUUUUAGGGCCGUUAAACUCAAUCUUGAAUUGAGUCCCAAAAACUCAAUCUUGAAUUGAGUUUUGAAACUCAAUCUUCUCACCAAAGUUUCAGUGCAGUAAAAAUGAAGUUGUUUGAGUUAAAUUCGUGACGUGUGGAAAUUAGUUUUCAGUUGGAAGCCCGACAAUUAAGAAAAAAUGGCUAGAAUUCAUCUCACAACACAUGAAAAACUAUGCAUUUGCCAUCUUUAACCAGUUUAUAGUGUCCCUUAGUGCUCCUACUUUAACACAUUCCGCCCUCAACUACAUUUAUUGAGUACAGAUGUCAGCCCCCCGGUGGGGGGGGGGGGGAUAGAACCAUGCCAGCUGUUCAGCUAAACUCAAUCUUCUCUGCAAAAACGGACCCAAGAGAAAAUCCUGAAAAAAACCCUGAUUGCAGGGUCUCAAAUUUGCAGUAUCCCAAUAUCCACUGGAUACUAAAUUUGGUUUUGGAUACCAAACUGUGCAUUACUUGUAUCCCAACAAGAUAUUACAAAAUUUCAAAUAUUAAGAUAAUGCUAAAUGUCCCCAGGGUCUCCCUAUAGCUUUAAAUACUUUGACGUCUGUUUUUCCCUUGUCAAGUGAAUUAUUACAUUAGUGAAUUAUUACAGAACGGUCCCACUACCAUUAAGCCAUUGAGCACCAGCGCUCUUCCCUUGAUGAGUGAAAUUGUCUGGCAUUAGACAGGGUAAAGUAGGGUCUUCAGGGCACAAUGCAACUCGAUGGUUAACAAGACACAUCUAGGCAGAUAGUCUGAUUAACCCAUUGAGAACAGCACUCUCCCCUUGACAAGUAAAAUUGUCUGGCAUUAGACAGAGUAAAAUACUAAACUAGGGUGCUUCAGGGCGCAAUGCAACUCAAUAUGGGUUAACCAGUAUUUUGUCCUGCCUUUGCUUAAAUAUGGCCUGCUUUUGGAUAAUGGCAGCCAGCUAUUUUGAGCAGUGUCUUGCAUGAAUCCAAGCUCGAAAUAAUGACCUACAAUUGAACUUUUAUAGGAACUGAGGGAAAGGGUUUUACGUGGAAAAUACAGAAUACCUUUCUAUAUGUCAACAGGUUCGUAGUGCUGUAAUACAAUCUCGAACACUCUGGGCCAGUGUAGGUAGUGACAAUAACAAGGCAGAUUAAGAGAGAUACAAUACAGCUACCUAACAAUAUAAGCACAGGUAUGAGGGAAGGCCCUUUGUCUGGAUGUUAGUAGCCUGACACUGUAACUUUCCAACAAAGGACUCGAAAUGUCAAAGUUCUGCUUAUAUUUUUCAGGUAGUUGUAUCCAGUGAACUUCAUGUAAACUCAGGAGGGGAGAGGGGGAUUGAAGUCAGUGCAUUUUACUUUUUCUGAGUUAUGAGCAGAAAUACUCAACACUGAACGUUGUGCUGUAUAUGAAACUGAAGCUAUUGAAAAACGCUAUUUGGGAAAUAUUUAAAAACUACAAGGGAAAUAUUUAAAAACUACAAAAUAAUUGCCGAUAAUUUGCCAUUUUUUGGCCGAAUGGCAGUUGUUUUUGUAUUUUUUAAAUAUUUUUCUUUUCGCUGAAGUCUUGAAAUUUCCCCCACCGAAUAGCAAUUUUCAAUAGCUUCAGUUUGACAUAUAGCCCAACAUUUGGGAUCAAGUAUUUCUGCUCAUAACUCAGAAAAACUAUUUUGGCUUCAGCAAAUCAUAGGCUUUAUUAUAGAAGUUAGCCUUCCAGUUUACAUAGAGUUCACUGGUUGUACAUCUCUCAAUCUGUAGCUGUCUUGUAUUACUGUGCAUCUAUUUAUUCAUGAACGGUCUGUGCCAGUGUAGGUAGUGGCAAUAAUAAGAAAGCUUCAGAUUGACAGGGAUCCAACUACCGUACCUGAAAACAGGCACAGAUUUUCCCCCCCAGAAAUGAUUUGCACAGCCCCCAGAGGCAUUGGGCACUGCCCACAAAAGUUUUUGCACCCUCGCAAAUUAUAUAUAUUUGAUUUGAUAGUUUCAUAUUUGAUUAUUCUUAUUACUAAAUUUGUAAAAUUACCAAUAUUAUGGUCUCAGAUCUUGCCAUGCAGGCCUAGAAAACAAAUUUUGUUAAACUUUUUUCUUGGCCUUUCCGUCCGGGUGUUGCCACCAUGCCCUGGCCAAAGCAAGCAGCAGCGCACCCCCCAGAUAUUUAUCCACCACUAACUAAAGCUGGAGUUACACGAGCAACAAAAUUGCUGCAACUUGCAACAAAAUCUGAUUUCAACGCAUGUUAAGUAGAAAUGUCAACACAUGUUGCCUUGUGAUUUGUAAUUUGUAAUUUAUGUGUAAACAUUUUCAAUUAACAUGCGUGGAAAUCAGAUUUUGUUUCAAGUUGCAGCAAUUCUGUUGCUCGUGUAACUCCACCUUAAGGGCCUUUGCUCGAGGUGGUUGUAUCUCUAUCUAUCUGAAGCUUUCUUAUCGUAUUUAUCCGUGAUGUAAUGUACAGUCCACUUGUUUUCAGUCUGUCUUGUAAGCAGAAGAGAACGAAGAUGUAGAUCUUCUUGUUUCGAGUAAUAAGAAGUUUUCCACAAAUGUUUCACAAUUUAUCAAUCUCAACUUUCUAUUUUAGAUUGUGAGAACUUACUUAAGAAAUUUUUAGUUUUAAAUCCAAUGAAAAGAGCACGUCUUGAGGUUUGUUCAUUUCUGUGAAGUCCUUAUACACCCUUCCGGGAAAUGUUCAUUCUUGGCCAUACAGCCUAGUUUUCAUGCCAGAUGUUGGGUUAGACGAAAUCAUACAGUUACAAUAAAUAAUUUAUAUAAUUAGGUCUUCAGUAACAAGAUACAGGGCUCCAGGGCUCAAAAUAACGGACAAUGACCGGCCAAAAAUGCCUCUUGACCAGUCACUUUUUUACCCUCACCGGUCAUUUUGACCGGCCACAUUUUCAUGCCUUCCAAUGUGAUUGCUGACGUCUCGAAUUAAAACAUGAAACUAUGAUGUAUCGAAACACGUUUCUAAUAGUUUGUUUCACUGUUAGUGUAAGCGUAUCAAAUAUCAGUGACCGGUCAAAAACAGAUUUUGACCGAGCUAAAAUCAAGUUGACUGGUCAUUUUGACCGGAGACUGAUCUCCCGUUAUUUUGAGUCCAAAGCCGAGAUCUCAAUCACGUAAACGAUGCUCUAUAGCCAAAGCUGAGUGCUUUCCGGAAGGGUGUAUUCAAAGUUAAUUUCUUGAAAUUCUGUUUGCUGAGAGACAUGUGAGUAAAAAAUGUGUUAAAAGAUCUGCAUGCUUAUGUUUCUAGCAAAUUAUGUCAGACAAAUGGAUGAAUAUUGGUCACGAAGACGAUCCUCUAAAACCUUAUAUUCAACCUUCGCCAGACUUUACAGAUGAAAAACGCCUGGGUAAGAAAAAAUAAAUGAAUGAGUGGUUACUUCCCAACCAUUCUUGAUUCUGAACUUGUAUGCCUUUCUCUUGCAUAUACAGACGUAAUGAUGCAGAUGAACUUCACGAAAGAAGAAAUUAGGACGUCUUUACUAAAUAAUCGUUACGAUGAAGUGAUGGCAACGUAUUUAUUACUUGAUGAGAAACGUGCGAAUCUUUCUGUAAGUUCAGGAUUUUUUUAAUAUACUUUUCAAUUUUAUGAAAUUGACAAAUUAUUGAAUAUUAAACACCCUGAAAAUUCCAAUGGCUUUUCAUAUAGUUCCGCGUUUUCCCACCCUCAGAAACAUAAAUUGCUUUCCGGAAACAUAAAUUGCUUCCCGGAAUCGUAAAUGUUUCCCCACUGGGAAGCAAAGUCGGAAAUUUUGUUCUCAAGUAUGUUCUCGUGUUGCGGAAAAAAUGUUUCCUAGUUCGUUUGCCUUAGGAAACAAGGAAAAUGUGGCGAACAAGCAUUCUUUCAUAACAAGUUUUCUGGUUUCCCCAAUUUGUAAAAAUGGCUUGGAAACAUUCAGGGCUUUAGAUCAGCCCCCUAACACAAUGUGGAACUUUACACCUAAAUUAUAUACCAGUGCCCAAAAUACAAGAGCAAAAUACAAGGUAAAUGCCAGAGAAUGUAGUAAAAUAUGGGAAAAAUUCCAGCCCUAUUUUUACUUGAAAAAAUCUUUCAUGGAGUCACCCCACAGGAAAAUGGUCUGACUAUGACCUGAGGGGGAUUAGGCAAAUCUAUUAAAGCGCAGACAUUUCUGCAUUUAUGUCAACCUCUUGAUGUGUCCUAAUUUGCUCAGCGUCAUAAUCUAUUUUUCAAUUUGCUAGAUAACAAUGAAUGAUCUUAUUGCGUCAUCACAUACGUCAUCACUAACAACGCCCCCUCGUGACCCUUCAUCGCGAUCGGGCAGUGCGGGUAGAAGCAAGACAGAUCGAUAUGGUGCAAAACGAGAUCGAGAGUUAGUUCGAAGACAUUCGCAAGGAGAUAGAGUUCCUCAUAAAGCCCUUGUAUAUAAUAGGUAAUGCUUCAUUCUGCACAAAACUUUCUCGUUUCAUACUUUACUGGGCCAAAAUAUUUUCAAAACGUUUCUCAAUACACCCUUUCGAUAAUUACGUCAUUUGACCUGGGAACCUCGCUCUCAUGAAUCGUGAGUCAAUCACCUUGCGUAAUUUACUAAUGAGAGCGAGGCUCCAAGACCAAAAAGUAUGUGUGAUGUAAUUAUCGAAAGGGUGUAUUUUGACACUACUGUUGAAAAACCUGAUCUGACCCCAGCCUUCUGAUCUAUAUGGAGGACUUGUGUUAACUUUUUCCCCAGUUCUCCCAACAUCAAAGUUUCUGUAAUCACAGUGAGAAUUUUGAACAGGUAAAUUAUAAAUUUUGAAGGAUUUCUAAGAAAUGUUUGUGGGAACUGACUCAGUGGUGAACGUUGUGUCAGUUUCCUCAAACAUUUCUCACAAAUUCUUCAAAACUUAGAAUUUACCUAUGCAAGAUCCCUGCUGUGAUCACAGAAACUUUGAUAGUGUAAACAAGCCUAAAAGGCCCAUUUCCACUCAAGAAAAAUUUCCGUGACACAAAAUUUUCCGAAAAUGUCAUUGUUAAAAGUUGAAAAUUUUCAACUUCAAAAUUUUUUUCCGACGGAAAAUUUGUGUCGGCCAAUCACAUUUUACAAAAUUUUCUUUCUGCGGAAAAUUUUCCUGAGUGGAAAUGGACCUUAAGGAUAUGAAAUUCCGGUACAGAGAUCUGGCCACUGAUACGAUACGCUACUGCUUUCCUUUGAGUUUCGCUCAUGAAUUAUUAAGAGGCAAUUUUUUUCAAUGUCACGUAUUUGCAAUGAAAAGUGUUCAAAACCUAAAAUCUUUUUGGCGUUCCUCCCAAAAUUAUUUAUUUUAGCCUUAUUCUCUAGUUUAUAGAGUUAGCUACCUUUUUAAAUGCAUCUGCCGGUUGAGAAACAUAAAAUAAUAGUUAAAAAUAGUCAAUUAAAAUACAAUUAUCAAUGAUGCUUUAAAAUUGACGCCAUAUUUACAGUCAUAUAAGCAAAACUUACUGAACUUCAGACAUCAUUUUCUCUUUGGCGUAUCAUCUAAAAUCACUUCAUUUUAUCAUUAUUUUACAGAUAAAGCACUAGACAUACUUUUUAAGUUUGUUUGCCGAUUGAGAAACGUGUCGAAAAAUAAAAAUGUUGAAUUUAGUCAUAACCUCAAGUGGUAUAUUAUACGCAUUAGUUUUGAGCGCGUGUUACGUAACAUACACGCGUAAAAAUUGAGAAAAUAACAACUUGUUGCAAGUUGAUAUCGACAGGCGUGAACAAGGUUGUGCGGCCCACUAUGAACAGUAUUGUCAACAUGUUGUUACAACAUUGUUCAACUGUAACAACUUGGAACAACAUGUAUGUUUGCGAUGUUACUCUGAGUGCAUAUCCACACCGGGCGAGCUUGAAAAAUAUGCCCGGCCACGGUGGGAUUCGAACCUACGACCUGGUUGACAACUUGUUCAUAGUUAGCCGCACAACAUUGUUCACGCCUGUCGAUAUCAACUUGCAACAACCUGUGCGUUUUUAGCCGUGUACAAAAAAACUCCUCUUAACGAGUUUGAGGUUUGAGAAACGGUAGUACAAAACUUUAUGUUUGUUAUUCCGUAGAGCUAACAACUCUGGUGACGGGAAAGGUGGACAUAAUUCAGAUAAAACGGAGACGACGAAAGAUGACGUCUCCAAUGAAAGAGUUAUCUUAGGUCAGGCUUCAAAUCCGAAUAAAGACGAAAUACCAGAACGAGGAACCAGGAGGAUAAAAGGUGGUGGAAGGGUACGUGAAAGGAUAAUAUGAUAAGUUAGUUAAUGUCGAGUACAAAUAAGUUAGUGUGAUUGCCAGAUUCACUCGAGCUAAGAUACGGGUUAGUUUUUAGUGGAUCGAGUAGGAAAUUGCCCUUCCAAAGUGGAAGUGGUGGGGGAAGUGACCCCCUCCCCCCCCCCCCACCCCUGGCCUAAUUAAUAUCCAGUGUUUUUCAUUCCCGUAGCAACACAGUUUACCUCCCGAGAAGAUCCGAAGAAAUGCGUACAAUGCAAAAUCAAACGCCGCGUCAGAGAGGUCUGGUACUAGCAUGAGUGAUAACCAAUCGUCUGCUGUGUCGUCUCAAACCAACGGAAGUAGAACGAGGUAACGUGAAUAGUUAAAGUGCGCCUAAUGCCACAUAUAAUUUUUACUAUGUGUUAUAUUUGGGUCAUUCUAAUUUCUAAGAAGAAAUGUAAUAUAUCUUUUUAUUAUAUAAAGUAUAGUGCUUUAUAGAGAUUUCGAGCACUGAUAAAACUGAUAAUCCCACAUAUGAGAUUAUUUAUAAUUAUUGCUUUUAAAAGACUGUCCUUUAUAUAAUAAACAGAAAAAUACUUGGAUGCUUGGAAAUACCAGAUUUAUUUCUCGUGUUGAACAUGAUAUCGAGUGAGAUAUCAUGUUCAACACGAGAAAUAAAUCUGGUAUUUCCGUGCACCCAUGUAUUAUUCUCUAUAUAAUAACGUCAUCUUGAUCAACUUUUUCACUUUCAAAGUUUCCGGAUAUGAUGUCAUUAGAUGAAAUGCAAAUUAGUUUUCAUUUGUUUUUUGUUCCAAAAGUUCGUCUAAUGGCAUCAUUUCCGGAAACUUUGACAAUGAAAAAGUUUAUCAAGAUGAGUUAUUUUACUAUUGAAAUAUAUUACCUAAAUUUCUUCUUAGAAUGACCCAAAAAUUACACAUACAAAAAAUCAUAUUUGGGAUAAAAAAUUCUUUGCAUAAAGUUAAUAUAGUUGAAAACAAUGGGUGAAUGGAUAGCAUGAGAAAACAGUUGGACUUUCAAACCAAUUCUGUGAAUUGUCCAAUGACAUAAUUUUCUAUUUUGAGCAGUAAAGGUGGUCCUCCUUCGUCGAGACUGAAGCAACCAACCUCGCUUUCAAAUCGAAUGGGUCCUGUACGAAGAUCUUUACCUCCCGUUGCUGUCACGAGAGAAAACGAUAGAUUAAGACCUGGGUAAGAUUCGGUUAUUGUUGUAUAAUAUUUGUUUCGGUUUUUGGAAAACGCCACCUAUAUUUAUUAUUGCAUAAAUAACAUGUAUUAUAAUAAUUUAUAGUUGCAUAAAUAUGAAUUUCAAACUAGAAACAAUAUGUAAUAGUUUUGUGGAAACACCACGUAAAUUUAUUACUGCAAAGCUUUCGAUCCGUAAGCUCGGAUCUUCAUCAGUGCUAAUAAUAUGCUAAUAAUAAUAAUACAUUUUAUUAGCACUGAUGAAGAUCCGGGCUUACGGAUCGAAAGCUUUGCAGUAAUAAAUUUACGUGGUGUUUCCACAAACAAAACUAUUACAAGUUUUAUCGCCAUGCAAACAUACAAAGAACUUAUUUAGAAACAAUAUAUUAUGUUUAUAUGUUUUAUACAAUAGUUUUUUUUACGCUAAAAGGUCGCCACAACAGCCUGUUUUAUCAAAGAGGAAUCAUCCAAGAAGAGCCACCGGAUUAUUCCACUUGGAUGAAACAGGCUUUUGUUGCAAAUCUUUUGAGGUAAAAAGCUAUAUUAUAUGGCUUUUCAAAAUUCUCUGUUCUGAUUGGUUGACAAGCGGUCCGUAAAAACCCAUAUCCGGUCCUAUUUUCCGUAUCUGGACCGGUGUCCCGGAUGUUAUUUAUCUGGCGGGAAAUUUUUGCUUUGCAAACAGAAAAAAAUUUUGCUUUUUAAAUUUCCAAUUGUGCUUUACAGAUAAAAAUUUCAAACAACCAAAUUGUUUUUGAUUGAUCAUGCAUGCCUACCGUAUAUUGUUACCCAGUGAAACUGACGAUAGCCGAUUUAAUUCGCGCGAAAAGCAUAUGCUCACAGACUCAGUUCAGCCAUAUAAUAAACCGAUUAUUGACGCUUGUUCGGUCUGUACUGUGAAAUAUCAGACCUCUGUUUUUUGCAUGGACCUCGCUCCUUCGUCGCCCGGUCCAUACUAAAAGACCUCGGUUUGAUAUUUCACAGUACAGACCUCACGCUCGGUCAAUAAGCCGUUAUUAUUUGCUCUAUCUUUAUGAUAUCGAGCACUCUUCCACUUUGUCAGCAUAAAAUUACAAUAACAAUUUAAAAUUACAACAACAAAAUAGUGUGGCCGGGUCACCGCAACAGCUUAUUGCCAAUUACUGCGGGCUCAAUUAGUUACAAUCAAGCAAACAACAGACAUUCAACUGGACAGACAGACUAACACACAUACGAACAAACUAUAUUAUAGUUUCUAAUAGCAGCAGGAUAUCGGAUAUGUAAGCUUUCCAUUAACUCGGCCAGACCGAUCAGAACGGUCAAAUUGUUGAAUGGAACACAAAACGGUUCGACUUCGGACCUAUCUGAACAGAAAAUUUAUAUAAAAUUAGAAUGAGGUCCAUUUUCGUUAGAUAUGUGAGAAACAUAGACCAGAUCCUUCCAUUGAUACAGAGACAAAAAUUCGGGUCUGACCGGUGAGGCCAUUAAAUGGAAAACGCCCUUGGUACAUGUCCGAUGUCUUGCAUAUCCGAUAUCCUGUUGCUAUUAGAAACUAAUAUAGCAUUUAGCAUUUAAGUAUCUUUAGCAUUUCGUACACCAAACACACUCAUAUUUUGUACUAUAUAUAAAUGUUUUCCUGCAUCUCAUUUCAUCAGCUCUGCUCCUGGUACGCGUGGUACGGAACCAGCGAGCACAACCAACCGUUUUGGUCAUCGUCAAACACCACAGCGUAGUACCUUUCAUGGUGGCCAGACACGCCAGAAACAUUACCAGGAGAAUGGUCCCGAUACUGGUCUACCUCAUGACGUCACCAGCCCCACACGAACCUCGUUGCUAAGUAAACUGACGUCACGGUUUAGUCGAAGGUUCGUUCGGUUUAAUAGAAGGUUUGUUUUGUUUUAAUUUGGUUGUUGUUUUUCCGCUUCUGAAGGAAUGAGUAUAAGAAUGGCCACAAAUCGUAAGUAACAUGUGAUUUGAUAAAUUCUUAAUCAUCACUAAUCAAUGUUAACCACAUAAACAUAACUACAUAUAUAGUCUUGUUUAGAAUAACCACAUAAUUUAAACAAUAUAUGCAUAGUCUGGUCGCAAUUUAAAUUGUAACGUUCGUAUGCAGACGUUUGUCGUUCACACUGAUGCAAAGACUGUACAUACACUAUGUCUAGUUUAGAAUAACCACAUCAUUUAAACCUUUGUGCGAAGUUACAUUUGCAAUAUGAAUCAUAACGUACGUAUAAACAAGAUUGAUUAUAUACAUGCAGACCCUACGCAGGCUGCUAUAUAUGCAUACUAUAAAUGUUGCAAUCUAUAAGUAUAUACAUUGUGAGGUGAUUGCAGUGGAUGAACGGUGGUAAGGAUGGAUUUGGAAGGAUAACUUGCCUAAGCAAAAACAUUCAUAAGCUUGCUAAUAUGAGCUACUGAGAUGUUAACAAAAUCUUGAUAUUUACCCAUAACCUAUAAAUGACAGUACAUUAGGGACCAGUCAUUAUUUAUGGUGGGGGGUGGCACCGAAGAGAAAAGGGUUGGGUAAACUAAAUUUUGAGUAAGUAAAAGGUUGGGUAAAUGAAAAACAAAACAACUCAAGGGUUGGGUAAUAAAAAAUUAUUUCCAAAGCAUGACUCACUGAAGUAUUGGGGACUAAAAAGCAAUGGCAACAGUAGGCCCUACCACCCCAGAGUAGGCCGCCAUAUGUCAAUACAAUAUGUGAAUCAAUCAGAGUCACUAUCUUGAUCAAUUUCCGAUGGGAUCUCCAAAGAAAGUACAUGAGCAGACAACAUGAAACUUUAGACAGUCACUGCAGAAAAUUUCACAACCUGUUAUCAAACUUUUGUCACAGAAGUGGUAAAGGACAUAUGUGACAACUGAAUGGUGCCGUAAUUUUUUUGGCCAGGGGUGGGUAUUUAUUUUUUAAUUGAUAUUUGAGGUUGGAUAAUCAGGUUUUUUUUACUUUUUAAUGGUUGGGUCAGCAAAAUUUUUGCCACGAAAAACAUUUCUCUUCGGUGCCACUCCCCGCCAUGAAUAAUGACCGGUCCCUUAGUAUAUAUACAUGAACUUGUGGUUAGAGCUCGACAACUGGGCUCUGUAGCUCAGUUGGUUAGAGCACUGCACCGGAAUCGCAGCGUCGCGGGUUCGAUUCCUGUCAGGGACCUGUAGUUGCAUUUUUCGCAGCUGUUCCUGGUUAGGUCUAAUAAAUGUAUAUACAUUUCCACUCAAUUAGCCAUUCCGAAGUUGUUGAAUGGACUGGGGACGAGUGUUAAAAAGUGCCCAAAUUAAAAAAUGAACCAAAUUACUAAAAAGACCACCUCAAAAUUAGUAAGUAUACAAAGUUUGAAGACGUUUACAUGAACAUCCUUCGAAUACUCAGCUUUCGAAAAUCCGAUAUUUACUAUGAAAUGUAUUGCAAUUUUUGUUUUUGGGACGCGCGUCUCAAAAACAAUCUUUUAAUCAGUAAUUUCAUAAUUUUCGAAAGCUUAUUAUUCGAAGGGUAGUCAUGUAAACAUCUUCAAACUUUGUUUACUUACUAAUUUUGAGGUGGUCUUUUUAGUGAUUUAGUUCUUUUCUUAAUUUGGGCACUUUUUAACACUCGUCCCCAGUCCACUCAUCAACUUCGGAAUGGCUAAUGAUCUCCAUCGACAAGAUCCUUCAACAAGCUGAUAUGAAUCCCUGCUCGCGGCAAAUAUGAGAGUUUAAAUGUAAUGCAUUUCUCGGAUAUUUCAUCGACUGUAUGAUUUUUCGUGUGAUCCACAAUAGAUCAUCACAAAGAUAAAGUUUUAAAGAUUUGAAUUAAAAAUUAUAAAACCCCUAAAAUCGGUUAAAUGAGAAUUCUAAAUAUCACAAGACGAAUAACCCUGGAUUUAUAGCGAACGUUUUGGCACUAAACUGAACGUAUUAAAGCAUUUUAAACUUAUGAUUUGAUUCGUAAAAAAUCUUGAUUCAGUUAAAUUAAUCAAACUAAACCAAUUGUGGCUUGAAAGUUGCGAAUGUGGAUAUGUGAGGAAAGAUGGGGAUAAGAAAGGUCAUGGAGGUUGUGCGAGUGUGAUGCAUCAUAGGGUAUGCGAGUACACAUGAAAUACUUAAAAUGACGUUUUUUGGUAUAAAAUAUAAUUCAUGCCGAUGUCGAAUAAAAAAUCUCCUUUUGACGUAUCUACAUUUACACAUCAAAGGAACCGCUAAUUUUUUUGCCGGGUAUGAACCAAUCAUCUUUCACACUUCAGCCAUUCCUUUAAAUAACAUCGGUUGAAAGUUGAAAUGUAUUUCAUGUGUACUGGAAGAGGUAGAUGAAGGUUGAGAGUAGCCACUAAGAUAUAAGAAAAAUGACCAGAGUAACUGAUAUAAAACUGUUACCAAAAUUUUUAAACUAGAAUUUGGAUUAUUUCAUGUAAAUGUAAAUGUAGCUCACCAAAUUUUACCAUUCACUACACCUCAACUCCUCUACCUCUUCUGUACGUACCAUUUAUAUUAUAUUUCUUACCGUGUAUUCAUUGUAUAGCAGAAUUCUCUUACUUUUUGCAUUGAGAAAUUUCCAAACUUCCAUAGUAUUUCUUGCACAUUGCACAGAAAACUUCAGAGCGAAAUUUCUACAACCACUAUAGAUAUCAGUGACGUUGCAACUGCUUCCCCAUUUAGUUUCUAUCCAGUUUUAAAUGUAUUGUAUGAAUUAGAUCUAAAAGACUUAAACUACUUAUAUUUCAUGGGAUGUAGGCCCUGACAACAUCUUUAUUGAAUAAAUAUAUUAUUUAUUCGUUUGCCUAUUUUAAUUAUCAACAAUGCAGUUUUAUGUGACAAAUUUUACCCAUAAAAAUCUGUUCAAAAAAUGAUGUUAACGGCAGUUUGCAUGUCACUGAUUUUUUUGUAAUGUGUAUAGUUUUGUCAUGUCAUCCAGGUGAUCUGACGGUGAGCAAAAGGACUGGGACUAUCAACAGAAUAGAAAUCCAGUUUCGUACCUUUAAUCACUUGUCACGCCCCGAUUCUUUUGUGAAACUGUUUGAAACUGUGUGUCUGUGUCUUGCACAGGGAAAUGAAUAUCUGGGACAAAUUUGAGAUAGAAAUCUAAUACCGUUAAUGAGAUAUUGAGUAAUUUUAAACCAGAAAUGGAUUUCUAUUUUACAACUAGUGGCAGGCCUUUUCCCAGUUCCGAGAUCACCUGGAUGUGUAUUGUUCUUGUCUAAAUUGUGUUCUGGGUUUUAUUCGGGACAAGACGUGAAAAUUUCUCGCAUUGUUUUAAACCCUUGAAUUUGAGUUUACAAGUGAAAAAUUUAGCUACCAGAACCACAGUUGCUGAAACUGUUCUCAAAAUUUGGCAUUCGUCAAAUAUUUUUUCGAAUCUUCAUUGAUUUCUGAAAAAAACAUCAUGGCAGUCUACUAAAAUACAAUACAACGGUAACCUAUAGCAAUUGUUCAGUUUCACGAAACCCGAGAAGAUGAAAGUUCCUUCCGUCUUAUGUUUUGAAAUCUUUUCUCCUUUGCAGAGCCUUCGUAUUUCAUGUAAACAUAGUCAAUAGAAUAAGAAGGUCAGGGGACUCGAUGCAGACAUAAUAUAGUCCUCAUUAUCUAUGUUUUUGUCUUGGUUUGUGCAAGAAAUGGUCGGUUCAUCGUCACGUGCGUAUUGUAUUUUCGCCAGAGCAACCAAUAGCUAUGUGUUCAUUUACCCAUUGUGUAUAACAUCAUGAAUCGAUAACUACCCAACACCAUGGUUGUUAUAAGACCUGGUUAGGAAACCCGGCAAACUUCAAUGAAAUUACGCUAUAAACAAACAUGGAGGUUGAACAGUCUGUUUGACCCUGCACAUAUUGGUUUUAAUCAAUGAGAAUUGACCAAACGAUGUAACACAAACAUUCUCAUCGAAAAAUGGUAGUAGUACUUCGUUAUUGACAAAAUAUGCCGUAAGAUAUAGCUCUGGUAGGCAAAACAAACAGUUGGUGCCCAUUCCUUACACCAAGCUGUCUGAACUGACUAUUGUCAAAACAAUAGAAAGACAAAGGAUUUUUCAACCGUGACCCUGCACAAGGUACACAAUCACCUAAAACAAAGGGCUUCCAAACCAUGUCAAGUAUAUUAACUAUGCCAACACACAGCUAUUGGUGGGAUGAGCGAAAACAAUACACGCGUGAUGAUGAACCGACCAUCAUUAGCAUAAACCAAGAAAAAAACCGAGAUAAUGAAGUAUAUUAUGUUUGCACCGAGUUUCCUAAACUCAGGGUGUUGGCAAGAAAAAAAAGUUUUAUACAUUGAACGUAAAUUGGGAAAGUUUUUUUUGACCGAUCAAAGUCCUUGUGUAGGAAUAAAUAGUGUUUUUUCCAACGUGUUUCUUCUUAGAUGCAAACAACGGUAGCUUGGUUUUGUACAUUUUAUUUCCGGCGAAUGAACACUGAAAAAUGCACCCGGUGGUACUUUGUUUUGUAUAUUUUAUUCCCGGUGAAUGAACACGGAUGCACACCGAUUACACUUUGGUUUGUACAUUUCUUUUCAGUGAAUACACACCCAAUAUGAGUGAAACGCGAUACAUUUUGAGAAAAUAGUUAAUGAGAAAAAGUAAACAAAACGUUCUUUGAUAUAAUAUUAUACAGCAUUUGUAAAUUCUGAACGCUGAUUGGCUAAGAGCCGUGUUGAUAUAACUCAAUGUCAACACAGAAACGUCGGAAAAUUUCUUUCUUUAUGUUUCUUUGUGCUAUAUUAUAAAACAAAUAUAAAACAUUUUUUCCGUAUUGAUAUACAGUUAUAUCAACACUCGUGGAAAUUGGGAAAACUCGAAAUUGUGUGAAAACACUCCGCCCUUCGGGCGUCGUGUUUCCACACAAUUUCUCGUUUUCCCAAUUUCCACUCGUGUUGAUAUAACUGUAUAUCAACACGGAAAAUGUUUUAUAUUUGUUAAAUAUAAAAUCAAACGCAAUGCACUUUCUCAUCAGAAAAAAAUGAAAAUCUUCCAGUAGACCCAGCGCCUUAGCUACUACGGGAAAGCGCCUUAGCUACUUAAAUUGGGAAGAGUCCAUCAAACGGACAGUAUAUGGGCUAGCUAACACCCUGAAACGUCUUAUUCUAUUGACUAUGAUGUAAACCUCUGCGAAGGAGAGGGGGAACUCUCGGGGUCAAUUUCCAUAUUAAAAACCUUGAUUUAAAUACCAAUCCAAUCCUAACUUAAAUACUAAUCCUCUCCUUAAUCCUAAUUUUCAACCCUUAAUCCAAAUCCUUGGACGUCAUUCGGAAUAGUAAUAUGGAAUCCGAAUCUUUAUGUGUUUCUAAAUGUGUUAUGAAAUUUCAUUAACAGGGGAUUAAACGAAGUAGGAAGUGAGAAACCUCGAGCGCUGCGUUUCACGUGGAGUAUGAAGACAACGAGUUCAAAGGAUCCUCUUACGAUGAUGGAUGAAAUAAAACGUGUUUUGGACGAAAAUAGAUGCGAAUAUGAACAAAGAGAAAAAUUUCUCCUCAUUUGCGUUCACGGUAGUCCGGCUGAACUUAACAAUGUACAAUGGGAGAUGGAAGUUUGUAAACUACCUCGUUUAUCUCUGAACGGCGUCCGGUUUAAACGAAUUUCAGGAAGUUCCAUCAAUUUUAAGAAUAUUGCUUCGAAAAUCGCGAAUGAACUGGAACUUUGAGGCAUGUAGGUGUUGUAGCAAUAUGUAACAAUUGGUCGCGGUGGCGUUUUUUUUUUGUGAAAUUUCAAUUAAGAAAUGUUGUUGAAAUUUCUGGAAAUCUGGAACAAGUUCCGAAGGAGGGAAGUGUUAGAUUUUUGGAAUUGAAGGAAGAAUGUAUUAUUGUUAGAUUUCGGAGAAAUUUGACAUUGCCGAGAAAUUCUUGGAUUUGGCGAGUAAACCGAUAUUCCUGGAAAAUAUUCUAGGAUUCGCAGUUGGGCUGAAUGGACGCGCUAUACCGCCAAGAAAUGUGAAUGUCUAGGAAAGUAUGCGAGUUUUUCCCGGAUAUACGAUUGCACAUUACAUUCGGGAAUAUGCCGGGAAAUGUGGGAGAAAUAUAUAGAGGCGUGGAAGUAUUGGUUUUCCCUGAUUUGUAUUUAAAGUGCGCCUGGAUUCUCUUCGUGCAUUGUAUGCAGACAAUUUUGAAAAAAUAUUGUAGGAAAAGGUUAUCCUUGCUUGGAGGUAUAUUGUGACACAACAGUCUAAAAUGUGAUGUAAAUAGUAUUUAAUUUUUCCUCCUGGUUUUGCAACAUUGACUCACAAGACUGCACAAACGAUGCCUUACGCUUGUUUUUAAAUUGGCGAGAAUUUAACUUGGUAGGUUUCAGCAAGCGUUACUGGGCGGUGGUUAGUGUCGACACUUAUAGGGGCAAGAAAAUGGGCUAUUCCAUAUAUAAGACGUAACAAGGGUUUUACAAUAACCCUGAAGAAUUCCUGUUGUAAAAUCCCAAAAGAGCUCUUGUUAAUAGUAUUCGCCCCCCUGAAAGAAUAAGGGUGUACCCCUGAAGAAUUUUUUACACUUGACCCCAGGGGUCGGUUGUUCAAAGCUCGAUUAGCGCUAACCCAUGUAUUUCUGCAUGAUCAUUCGUUUCAAAACUUUUGGAAAGAAAACCUCUAUUGAACCAGAAAGGAUUUCUGGAAAAACACAUUCAACUUAAUUGAUGAGCUGUUGGGAAAUUUAAUUUGUAGAUCUGUGUUAACCCAGGGUUAGGCUAACCGGCUUUUGAACAACCGGUCCCAGGGGAAUAGACAAAUUUGGCUUUUAUACCCAAUUCACAACUUUAAAUAACUCGCAUGCCUAAUACACCCUUUCGAUAAUUACGUCACAACUACACUGUUUUCAACUUAGGACCACCUUAAAUGGAAAGGAUUUCAAGUUUUUUUCUCAUGGGCUAUGCACAGAGAAGAAGAACAUCCUUCUUGAACACAUGCGCGAAAAAAUGUUGGAUUUUGAUCAGUAAAUAUGGAAAUAAGCUCCAACACGAAAACGAGGCUCCAGGUCAUGACCUUGAGCCUCGUUUUCGUGUUAAAGCUUAUUUCCACAUUUAUUGGUCAAGAUAAAGAAUUCUUUUUCAUGCAUGUGUUCAAGAAGGAUGUUCUGCUUCUCUGUGUAUAGCCCAUUUUAGGUGGUCCUAAUUUGAAAACAGUGUAGUUGUGACGUAAUUAUCGAAAGGGUGUAUUAGCAUUGUUCUACACACGUAAAAACGCACAAGAAACCUGCAGCAGACUUGUAGUAAUGCUGUUCCAACAACUUGUCAACAGGAUGUGUUCGCACUGCUUGUUCCCAGCUUGUUGACAAGUUGUCAACGGCUUGUUGACAACUUGCUGCAAGGUUGCUGAGCUCAACAGACUUGUUACAAGUUGUUUAUCGUCCUGCAAUUCAACAACUUGUCAACAAGUUGUGAGUGACAACCUUGUAGCAACUUGAUAAAAUAACAGCAUUGUUACAACUUGUUGACAAAGCUUGCUACAAGCUUGUUGCGAACACAUCUUGUUGACAAAGAAUAGAACAAAGGUAACUAAGCUGCACUAUAGUGCUUACUGAAACCUACCUGUACAAGUAAGGGACGGACCAUUAGAAAAGUGAUGGGGGGGGGAUUUUCUAAGAGGCAAUAUAUUUUUUUUGUACACCUAUAGAAGAAAUUUUUUUUCUUACUUGAUGGCUAGAAAUAUAGGCCUAUCUUCCAAGCAAGGAAUUUUUUUUUUGCACUGUGCCUGGGAAGAUUUUUUCCUAAUUUUUUUCUGGGAAUAAUUUUUUGUUUUGUUUUUCCCCCCCCCAUCACUUUUCUAAUGGUCCGUCCCUAAGGCGUAUGAAACCUGUACGUGCCAGUGCGGCCAACAUAUUAGGAAUGAUUUUAAACAGUAACUAUAAUGUAUACUAUUAUCUAAUAACUGUGUGAGAGUUUGAAGGGAGAAAAUUUAUUUUAAACCGAUGUUCUCGCUGGUCGAGAUUAAGCCCCCUAGCCGGUUGUCUCUUCACGCAUGAGUUUCUAUAAAAUUCGUGUCACUUUUAAACUUUAUUAUUCCCUCUUUACUUAUGAAAUCUGCGUCUAAAAUGUUCCGACAGUUUCCUUGGUGUUUUAAAAUAAACUAAAUUUAAUCCUUAUUUAGAUGGGGUAGUACUAAAUCCCUUAUUGGUCCAGUUACUACAAGAGUUCGUGUAAUUACAUUCCCGCAUUGUCUCCACCCGGAGGCCGCAACUCCCCGAAUUUCCCGCCUGUGCUUCAACGAACUUACGAGGUCUUCCCGACUCGUACCCAGUCCCUGAAAUGAGGAUUGAAUGAAAUUAUGGUGCAUGAUGGGAAUGAUCAAGGCUCGAAUUUCGUCAUUCCCAUCGCGCAUCUCAGUCCACUGAUCUAUACAUGUAUUCGUAUUGAUUACUGAAAUUUGCAUAAAAUGCAAAACGAGGACAAGAGUUGCAUGAUAGUUGAUGAAAG